AUGGAACUUUGGAAUAAAAGCACGGUCUCUGAAUUUAUCCUUGUAGGAUUCCCGACACUGUACAAAUAUGGACCAUUCCUUUUUCCAUGUCUCCUUCUCCUCUACCUUCUUACUGUUGCUGGUAAUGUGAUUGUAUUUGUCUUAGUAAGGUUAGACUCACACCUGCAUACACCUAUGUACUUUUUUAUUAGUAUUUUAUCCAUUCUGGAGAUCUGGUAUACAGCAGUUACCAUUCCAAAGAUGUUAAUCAAUCUUCUUUUACCGAGAAAAAGUAUAUCCUUUAGCAGCUGCCUCUUACAGACCUAUUUCUUCCAUUCUCUUGGAGCCAGUGAAUGCUAUCUUCUUACCACUAUGGCAUAUGACCGCUAUUUAGCAAUUUGCCACCCAUUGCACUAUUCGUCUAUCAUGACUGAGAAAAUGACUAUAAAGUUAGCAGCCACCUGUUUUACACUUGGCUUUUUAUGUCCCAUUACUGAAGUUAUUUUAAUAUCUAAGCUGCCUUUCUGUGGGAGUAAUGAAAUUCAGCAUAUCUUCUGUGACUUUCCACCACUGCUAAGUCUGGCUUGUACAGACACCACCAUAAAUGUCCUUGCUGAUUUUAUAAUCAAUAGUUUCAUUAUCUUGGUGACAUUCAUAUUUAUAAUAAUCUCAUAUAUUAGAAUCAUUUUUUCAAUAUUGAAAAUAAGGACAUCAAAGGGGCGUGUAAAGGCUUUCUCCACCUGCGUGUCUCACCUGACUGUAGUAUUGGUGUUUUUUACCUGUAUUGUGUUUAUGUAUGUCCGGCUUACAAAAAGUUACUCUUUAUACUAUGACCGCGUGCUAGCAGUCAUUUAUUCAGUGCUUACCCCUAUAUUUAACCCGAUCAUCUAUAGCUUGCGGAACAAAGAGAUCAGGGAGGCUUUUAAACGCAAGAUGUGUAGCAGAAGACUCCACAACACGGAGGAGAAGCAUAAAUGUAAGAAUGCGGCUUAA